AUGACGAGCUACUUUUAUAGAUUCGACACACAAGUAAAAGGCAGAUGGGCUGGUCGAACACUCAUAGAUGUUAUGUCUAACGAAUUUAUUAUGAAACCAGUUGAAUAUUACGACAAGGCAAUACAGAUUGGCAAUAUAACGGUGAACAGCGAGGAAUGUAGUAAAUACCACAUUCUAUCACUUGGUGAAACAAUACAACAUCUUGUGCAUUAUCACGAACCUGACCUCUGUGAUAUAGGGGUAUUGUGCCUGGAGGACGACUAUUUAGUAGUUAAUAAGCCGUCAGGAAUUGCAUGUCAUCCUACGUCAGGUUACAACCUGUUUUCGGUGACAAAAGCUUUUGAAAGCUAUGGCAAUUUGUCAUGUAUUAAUCGCUUGGAUGUUUUAACAUCUGGUGUAUUGAUAUUAGCGUUUCGAAAUGCUAAAAAAUAUCACACAGAGAUGAUAAAUCGCAGAAUCGAAAAGAUAUAUGUCGCAAAGGUUAAAGGACACUUUCAUGAUGACAUUACCGUGAAUGCUCCUUUGAAGAAAAAUAGAUUCAAUGUUACAGAGGUAUCUGAGGAGGGAAAGGAGGCGACAACGGUUUUUAAGCGUUUAUUCUACCAUAAUGGACAUUCAUUGGUAGAAUGCAGACCGCUAACGGGUAGAUCACAUCAAAUCAGAGUGCAUUUGAAGUCUCUCAAUUUUCCAAUUGUUAAUGAUCCGGUUUAUAACGGAGAAGUGAGCGAUAUUCCAGACAAAAGCGUAGUAGGAAAGGAGAACCACUUGCUUUCAAGCGGUGAGUACAUUGAUUAUGGUGUUAAAUACUCUGGUAAAGACACAAACACCGACAAUCAAGGAGAAUUGAACAGCACGAAGAAACAAGCUAAAGCGUACAAUCUGCUAGGCUGUACGCUAAAAAUAGGUUGUAAUACACCGGGAAAUUAUAGUGCAAAAGAGAAAUUUGCAAUUGAUAGUUGCCGAGGCGAUAAUACCCGGGCAUUCAGGAACAUGGAUAAGUUUAUAUGUUUGCAUGCACACAAGUACGUGUUUAAUGGCAAGGAGUAUGUAGCUGAGCCACCGUUUUGGGCCCAGAAAGACAAUUUCUGAGAAGAAUGUUAGAGUGAUCCGAUGGUCUGAACCUAUCAAUUGAAUAAUAAACUAUUGUUG